AUACAAGUUCCAAAUCAAUUAAGUCGGUUAACAAGAUCAUUAGGAGACAGGCAUCAAUGGAAAGCAAAAGAAUGGGAAAAUUGGUUACUAUAUUAUAGUGUACCUCUACUUGAGACUGUGGUAGAUAACAAAGUUCUGCAACAUUGGUUAUUAUUAGUAGAAAGUUUGUACGGCCUUUUAGGAACAUCAUUAUCUAUUGCACAAUUAGACAUAAUUGAUGAGUCAUUACAUAAGUUUGUACUACAUGUAGAAAUAAUGUACGGCAAACGUGCAAUGACAUAUAAUGUACAUCAAUUAUUACAUAUUAGUAAAAGUGUAUAUAAUUGGGGUCCAUUAUGGUGUCAUUCCACGUUUCCAUUUGAAUCAG